GCAGAAAUUAUAAUAAGUUAAUUGUGGGCGAGAGAGUGUGCUCCGUUCCGUUAAUUUUUCUCAUCAAUGCCCUGUCGGAGUUAAUCUCCUCUUCCUUCAUCUUCUUCCGUCAUCUUCACCUUCAUCAUCAUCAUCAUCAUCAUCAUCUCCCUUUUCCCCCUUCUCAUCGAUUCCUAGGGUUUCCCUUCGAUUCAUAUCAAGGUUUUGUUUCAAAUUCGAAGCUUGCCAUCUUCAUCAUCAUGUCGAUGAGUGAGCGGAAGACCAUCGACCUGGAGCAGGGAUGGGAUUUCAUGCAGAAGGGCAUCACCAAGCUCAAGAACAUUCUAGAAGGCUUGCCUGAACCUCAGUUCAGCUCCGAGGACUACAUGAUGCUUUACACAACCAUCUAUAACAUGUGCACCCAAAAGCCUCCUCAUGACUAUUCCCAACAACUCUAUGACAAGUACAAGGAGGCAUUUGAAGAGUACAUCCAAUCAACGGUAUUACCUUCUUUGAGAGAGAAGCAUGAUGAAUUUAUGUUGAGAGAACUUGUAAAGAGGUGGGCAAACCAUAAAAUUAUGGUUAGGUGGCUUUCUCGUUUCUUUCAUUAUUUGGAUCGCUACUUUAUUGCCCGGAGGUCACUCCCACCCCUUAAUGAAGUUGGCUUAACUUGCUUCCGUGAUUUGGUUUACAAGGAGCUAAAUGGGAAAGUUAGAGAUGCAGUUAUUUCUCUUAUUGAUCAAGAACGUGAAGGAGAGCAGAUUGAUCGGGCUUUAUUAAAGAAUGUAUUAGAUAUAUUUGUUGAAAUUGGGAUGGGGCAAAUGGAUCACUAUGAGAAUGAUUUUGAAACUGCAAUGCUUAAGGACACUUCUGCUUAUUACUCUCGGAAGGCUUCUAAUUGGAUCCUAGAAGAUUCUUGUCCUGAUUACAUGCUCAAGGCUGAGGAGUGCUUAAAACGGGAGAAAGAUAGGGUUGCUCAUUAUUUGCACUCCAGUAGCGAGCCAAAGUUGUUAGAGAAAGUUCAACAUGAGCUGUUAUCUGUGUACGCAAACCAACUCCUCGAGAAAGAGCACUCUGGAUGUCAUGCUUUGCUUAGAGAUGACAAGGUUGAAGAUCUGUCACGGAUGUUCAGGCUAUUUUCUAAAAUACCUAAAGGCUUAGAUCCUGUUUCCAGUAUAUUUAAGCAGCAUGUUACCACUGAGGGUAUGGUAUUGGUUAAGCAGGCUGAAGAUGCAGCUAGUACCAAAAGGGCAGAUAAAAAGGAUAUCGUUGGUCUGCAGGAGCAGGUUUUUGUUCGGAAAGUGAUUGAGCUGCACGACAAGUACCUCGCAUAUGUAAAUGACUGUUUCCAGAAUCAUACUCUUUUCCACAAGGCUCUCAAGGAGGCUUUUGAGGUCUUUUGCAAUAAAGGUGUUGCUGGGAGCUCCAGCGCUGAACUGCUUGCCACAUUCUGUGACAACAUUCUUAAGAAAGGUGGCAGUGAAAAAUUGAGUGACGAAGCAAUUGAAGAAACUCUGGAAAAGGUGGUCAAGCUACUUGCCUACAUUAGCGACAAAGAUUUGUUUGCUGAAUUUUAUAGGAAGAAGCUUGCUCGAAGACUUCUUUUUGACAAGAGUGCCAACGAUGAUCAUGAGAGAAGUAUUUUGACAAAAUUGAAGCAACAAUGUGGUGGACAGUUUACAUCAAAGAUGGAAGGAAUGGUUACAGACUUGACACUGGCAAAGGAGAAUCAAACUAGCUUUGAGGAGUAUUUAAGCAAUAAUCCUAAUGCAGACCCUGGAAUAGACUUGACAGUUACAGUUCUGACUACUGGCUUCUGGCCCAGUUACAAAUCUUUUGAUCUCAAUCUUCCAGCGGAAAUGAUCAGGUGCGUUGAAGUUUUCAAGGAAUUUUAUCAAACUAAAACAAAGCACAGAAAGCUUACAUGGAUUUACUCCUUGGGUACUUGUAAUAUAAGUGGGAAAUUUGAACCAAAAACUGUGGAGCUGAUUGUUACAACCUACCAGGCUUCAGCAUUGCUUCUUUUCAAUUCCUCGGAUAGACUCAGUUAUUCGGAGAUCAUGACUCAGUUAAACCUAUCAGAUGAUGAUGUUUCUAGACUGCUUCACUCUAUGUCAUGUGCAAAGUACAAGAUUCUUAACAAAGAACCAAACACAAAAAUGAUAUCUUCUACAGAUGAAUUUGAAUUCAAUUCAAAAUUUACCGACAAAAUGAGGAGGAUCAAGAUUCCUCUCCCUCCUGUGGACGAGAAGAAAAAGGUAAUUGAGGAUGUUGACAAGGAUAGAAGAUAUGCUAUUGAUGCCUCAAUUGUGCGUAUUAUGAAGAGUCGCAAAGUUUUGGGAUACCAACAGUUAGUCAUGGAAUGUGUUGAGCAGUUAGGUCGCAUGUUUAAGCCUGACGUCAAGGCAAUUAAAAAGCGGAUUGAAGAUUUGAUUUCUCGGGACUACUUGGAAAGAGACAAAGAAAAUCCAAAUAUGUUCAAGUACUUGGCUUGAUUUGAUCUUAAACUAUUCUGCAAACGAAGCAGUUACCUUGGUUGCUGCAUGUAGCCGAUAAAAAAUCAAGGAUCGUGGUUGAACUUUUGUGCCAGGAAAAAAACGGGCUCCUCCGAAUAUUUCCUUGGAGGAGGAGCCGUGAGUGCUUGUACAUUUUCCUCCAUAUCCAGCCAGGUAUGGAUCGCUACUAUAGAUGUGUGCUCAUGUUGGGACGAUGUAAUCAAAAUCCAUAAGUAGGUCUAGCUUGCUGGUACCUUGGCCUUCUUUUUUUUGCUUGCAAAUGCUGCAAUUCCAUCUCAUAACUUAUUUAAUGCCCGUCCGUUUAUUUUUGUUCUCCCCACCCCCCUAUGAAAAAAGGAGGAUGAAUUGUAUGACAGUAGUCCCAAUGAAACUGUAUUUUGGUUGUCGGCUCAGAAAUUAUCAGGUGAAUGGGCAUGUCUUUGAAUUGAAAGCUCACGGUGCUCAACAUUUAUUGUCUAUAAUCAUCUCUUUCAUA